UUUUCUUAAUUAAAGUACGCCUUAUUUACAAUUACAAUUUAAAAAGAGUAAUUAAAUGCUAGAAAACACGACCUCAAACAGUGAAUGAGACAAAUACAUAAAACUCUGUUAAUCAAUUAAAGAAACAAGGCAAAACGUUAACUUCGGUUAUAUAAUCUACCCAUACCCAGUUUAAAAUUUUUUCGUACAAGAAUUUUACUUUAAUCGGUCAAUUUGUAUUCCAAUAUGUUCUUGGCAAAUGCAGUGUUUUUUAUAUUUGAUAUACGCAUUAUCGAAACGGAAAUAUGAAAACCCAUUAAAGUUAAUUGUUUUCAUUUAUGAAGUCAGACAUUAUUAUAGAAUGAAAUAGUAACUAUACUCUAGUAAAAGAAAGGGUAUAUUAAAUUUGUAUAUUUCACGCCUUUAUUUAUUAUAAUCAUAAUUUUUCUUCAUGGACUAUAGUUUCAUUCAUCAAUGCAUUUACUGAGUUUUUGAAAUUGUAUUGGCAGCAAUCCCUAAAUGUUUGGUAUCGCUGAAUGAGACCUGCACCGGUAAUAGAGUCAUCAUACUUAAUAAUCGUUCACUUCUUAAACAAUUUUUGUGAAUUUGCAAUCAAAGAAAGUGUUCAAAGCUUACUUGUGCUUCGACAUUAUAAUAUUCCACCACACUCAAAGAGGUUGUGAGCAGGUAGCUAGAAAUUAUUAAAUUAAAUUAUUGGAUAUCUGGCUAGUGGUGUUCUAAGGGAUAUUUGUUCCACAGUGUAACCCGUACAUUUUAGGUAAAAACACACAUCGAACUUUUUUUCAACGCAAAAACAUAAAUAUGUUUCAAUUAAAAUAAUGUUUUAUUUAUUUUUGCAAAAUUUUGGCAAUUUGUUAGUACUUUGAUAUUAAAUAUACAUAGAGUUGUGGGAAGUGUCUCUUAAUGGAAAAUCGUUUACCAUAUAAAAACGUAAUUAUUACUAAAUAUGAAAUUUUUAUGUACAAUACUGUGAUGGAAUACACGUCUAAGAAUAAAAGAAACCAAGGCACAACAGUUGGUUGAGUAUCGAAACUGUUGGUUAAAGUUCCACUCUCCUGUAUAAAUGUUGUGUCUCGUUUGAGACUUAUUUAGUAUGUAUAUUUUUCUUGCGCUGAUUUUAAAUAAUAAUACAUUGACGAUACAGGUGUAGAGCUUUGUUGCAAUUUCAUUAGAGUGGAAUUUGGUGCUAAAAUAUAUUUGGGAUAUCAAUCAUGUUAACGAAAGUUUGUGGGAUAAAUAAUAAUUUAAUAUUAGAAAGUUAGAAAGGCCUAAGAAAUGAAUGAUUUCUUCGAUGGAAUUAUUAGUAGAGUCGAUUAAGAAUAUUUCACAUUUGCAUAAUGCGCAGUCGCGAAUAUUUACCCUUAACUAUACUGAAUGCCAAUGGUAAAAGUUGGACCGGCAAAAUAAGGCUUGGCUGCAAAGUACUUGAUAAACUAGAGGAAAUUAUUGUAGAGAAGUUCAGUGAAUUUGUGGAUACUGUACAGUGGCAUAGGCGAGAGCAUGAAAUCCAGCUGAUGAUAGUUUAGUUUCUAUUCGGACCUUAUGUAGUAAAGUUGCCCAUCGAGAAGCAUGUCGAUGAAUGGCCAUCAAGAGAAGUGCCAUUGGAAGAUAUAUUUCCAAAUAUAUUAAUUGUGCAAAAAUGUUAUAAGACGUGAUAAAAACAAAAGAAAUAGGUGCAAUAACAUGUAGUGAUUAAAAUUCGAAAUGUAAUUUUUGCUUCAAAACCAUAUUAUAAGGAAUCAUGGAAUUGCGACAAUUGGGAUAUAAAGAAAUGUGUCAAAUGGAGCUACUGCAAAGGUCUACUUUAAGUGGUACCAGUGGAAGCGCAGUUUUACCCAUCGUGAUGAUACAACCUUCAACAGUAACACAAAGCGGAACUAUAUUGACAACUCCUCAGAAUAAUGAUCUCAAAGAAGUGACGAAUAAUGAAAAUAUCUACCAAUUUAAACCUUCAAAUAUAUUCGUUUCUAACGCUACCACGUCAGAUCAAAUCGUUCAACAUGAACGGCUCAUUCCUGGUUUUCUCUGUGGCGGUAAAAAACUUUUGCAGUCAGAGACCAUUUUGCUUCCGACCCUCGAACAGCAUCAACAACAGUUUCCGAAUGAUUCCUUCAUGCAACAGCUUCCACAGGCACAUAAACAAAUUCCACAAAUACAGAUUCAGCACUCACUGCCACCACCUCUCAAUAUAAUUUACACAGGCACACUAAACACAUCAUCUCGCAUAAGAGAUAUACCUGAAAGUGCUAACCCAUCUCGAGACUUCAACGAUGGCACCGCCAACAACAAUGUAAUCGGCGGCAUUGACAACGCUAUUGGUGACGAUAGCGAUUUCGAGGGCAGCGAAUGCGGCACGAGCGUCUCUGGGGCCACAUGUAUACCUCAUUUUAAUUUUGGUGGUUGUGGUAUGAUUCUUCAACCUACAAUAACUUCUAAUAAUUCCGAAGUUAAUGGUCAUCGUCCACAUCCAUAUCAUCAACGUCGACCUAAGGAACCAGAAGAUGUGGGAUGUGCGGCAUUUUCUCACAUGAUGGGCACAUUCGCUUCAGCAGCAGGCGGAGCAAUGAACUCGACUCGAUUCACAGGCACUCUCGGUUCUCUUGCUGGAGUAAGUACCGGACUUUCGAGCACAUUGGGUCGUAAUCGACGUACGUCCACCUGUUUUACGGGGUCUACCCAACAAAACCCAAAGCGUGUAUCAUUUAAAGAAGAUGAUUUAUCAAAAAAUAGCGCGAAAUUGUUGGAGAAAAAUCAAAGCAACUGCGAUUAUUACGGUCAUUGUGACAAUGAUGCACUCCAUAAUUGCUCUUAUAUGUAUCUAAAAAAUGUUAAUGACUGCCAGACCAUUGGCUUUGGUGGCCUACCUGAUGUCACCGAGCACUCCAAUACCCGUCGCACACAUUCCCGCCAAAACUCCAUUUCGAACAGUGAUUCAGGUGGCGAAAUUGCCAAUGCGAAUAGGUCAAAAGUGAACUUGUGUGAUGGCAAAUCGCCACAAACAGGCCAAACUACCCCCGUCGAGCGUAAAUCAAAAAUAACCCACCAUGCAGCUGCUGCUAGAUGCAGCAGGGCACAUCGCCUCAAACCGCGACGCGGAUCCUGUGCCAUAUUCUUGACUUUUGUUGGCACGAUAUGCUUGCUUACUAUCGGCGCAUUGCUUGCAUACCAACACUUUAUGGCGCCCAACCGCAAUUCGCAUGCACAAAGACUGAAAAUAGUGCGACGGAUACUAAAAGAAGUGCCGCUGGUGGAUGGCCACAAUAAUUUUGCAUGGAAUGUCCGGAAAUACGCGCACAACAGUUUGGAGUUGAUAAGCAUGAGACGCGAUCCAAAUACUGAAGCAUGGACUCGACCGACGUGGGCUCAGACGGAUGUUGAAAGGCUUAAACAAGGACUGGUCGGUGUACAAAUGUGGUCAGCAUAUGUUCCAUGUGAGGCAUUGGGACUGGACGCCGUCCAAGUAGCAAUAGAACAAAUUGACAUUAUUCGUCGCCUGACUGACAUGUAUACCUUGGAUACAAUGUUAGCAAAAUCUUCCAAGGACAUUUUUAUAGCACGACAGCAUCAUCAGAUGGCUUCGUUAAUUGGCAUCAAAGGUGGUCAUGCCAUCGGCUCCUCUCUUGCCGUUUUAAGAUCAUUUUAUUCAGUUGGCGCACGUGCCCUUAGCCUUACGCAUAAGUGUGAUCUCUCAUGGGCAGGAUCAAGUGCCUCAGAAACAGAAAAUGGUUUAUCCGCGUUUGGCAAGGUAGUCAUUCGAGAAAUGAACCGCUUGGGAAUGAUGGUAGAUUUAUCUUAUAGUUCUGCUGCGACAGCCCGCGACGUCUUGCAAAUCACCCGGGCCCCCGUUAUAUUCUCUCACUCCGCUGCACGACAAAUAUGCAACUCCACACACAAUAUACCCGACGACAUUCUUCGACUAGUGGCAGAUAACGGUGGCCUAAUUAUGGUUAGCUUCGACCCAGAGGACGUGGCUUGCGGUCAACCGGCAUAUCUUGCAGACGUUGUAAAACAUAUUAAACACAUUCGUGCAAUAGCUGGUGUCCAACAUAUUGGGUUAGGCGCAGGAUAUGAUGGCAUAGAAGAACCGCCUAUAGGCCUUGAGGACGUAUCCAAAUACCCAGAUUUGCUGGCGAGUCUGCUUCAAGAUCACAAUUGGAGUGAGCAAGACAUUGCAAUGUUAGCCGGAAAAAAUUUUCUUCGCAUUUUGGAAACUGUGGAAAAUGUACGAGACUAUUGGAAACGUGCUGACAUUCAACCGCUCGAACAGACUGAACCACAACCGAAACCACAGUGCUCAUACAUGUCUUCGUGACCAUAGCUGCAGACAGUAAGCAACCCUUGUGCUACUGUGCACAAAUUUUACUUUUAUGGAUGCAAUCGUAUUGUGCAUAUAAUAGAAAGUAUGUUGUCCCAGGUAAAUACUGGUGACUUCAGCAAAAUACAAUUGAUAUAUUAGGUUAUUUAUACAAUUAAACUACCCGUAUUUGUAUAUACAUAUAUAUGUUAAUUAAUGGAACAUUAGCUGCGCAUAUACAUACAUAUGCAUGCUUGUACAGCAAUAAAAAAUUAUUUGAAACUGUGUAUUGUAUUUAAGGAAAUAUUUGUUGUGAAAAGGAAAUUCAACUUAACAUAAUAGACAACAAAAUAGAAAAUAAUUAAGAAUAAUUAUAUCGGAUUGAAGAGUGAAUUAAUAAGUUUACACCGAAGCACAAAUUACAAGCAUAUCUAUUAUAAUAAUUUCUUUGGUGUACAUUUAGUUAUUGUGUUGUUUUGUUUUUCUGUUUUUAGGAAAGAAUGCCAGAUUUUUCGAGAGACUAAAAAUAAUUUUGGAAUAUAUGAGACUAUGAAAAUUAACAAUUUGAAACUUAGAUACACUAAAGCACGCAUUUAUACUCUACCUAACUAAAAUAUUUAUAUGUAGUAAAAUAUAUAAUUUAAAUUUUCUACAUAAGCACAGGUAAAUGAAUGUGCCAAUGUUUGCAUAUGUAGUUUGUUAGAGACUAUUGAGAAUGCCAGUUUUAACAUUAUUUUUAUUGUUACUAAGACAAUCCUUGCCACAAGUAGAUAACAUAAAGAUCUGAAAAAUAAAUGCAUAUACAUUCACAUAUAAUUCUAGAAACCAUUUCCAUAUGCAACCAUACAUAAAGUCUUAAUAUAAAGGUUAUGUGGUGUCCUUACAAAAAAUAACAAAUUAGUUUAACUAUUGAAUUAUUUUGGAGCGGUUUGAAUAAUUCAUUCUCAUCUACUUGCAUUACUUCUUUUUGUAAUACAAUGAAUAUUGUAUGUGUAGAGAAAAAAAUCUAAUAGUGAAACAAAUUGUGUUCCGUUACAAAUAUUAAAAUUAGACACACGUACAGUGAUGUAUUUAAAAGAAAAAUAUGUUACAAAAUAUCGAUAUAACCAAUCACUUAAUUACAUCGAAACGAUUUUAAAUAUAUACACAUGAGUAAAAAAUAUAUGAUAUACAAGUUGCUAACAGAGACAUCAAACAAUUGUCUUGAAUCAAAAAUUUAAGCAACGAAAAAUACUGCAAUGUAUAUAUGUAUGUUUGAUAAACCCAUACCAUAUUCGUGAAAGCAAGGGAUCCAUCAAAAAUGGUUAUUAUUUAAAAGAAAUGUUUAUUCAUCCGUUUGUUAACUCAUUUUCACUCCAACACAUUUACAUUUAAAUGAAAGAAAAAUGCAAUAAAAUAUAAGUGAACAUAAAAUAAAUAUAA